AUGGGCACCUUCCAGCCCCGCCCAUUAUCCCCAGCAUCUAUACAAGAUAGAGACCAGAUCCUGCAUGCGUUCAUGUACGACUUAUAUGAGGUCAACAAAAUACACAACGAAAGUGAAAACAACAGGGUGGCAAAAUUGGACUACAAGGCGCGGUGUAUCUACGCAUCACGGGCCUUAGAGAAGGCCCUUACUUGCACAAUAUGGUCAUUUAAUGAGGCCAAUAUGGAUUGCGAGGAGCGAGAAGCGAGCCGACUACGAAUUUUCGCCGAGAACUUCGGCUGGCCCAUGCUUGCGAUAUGUGUACAAGCGGAAGCCUUUCGAAGGCUAUGUAAGGAAGAAAGCACAUUAAUGUGGAAAGCCUUAUAUGGGAAAUUUCAGCGACACCAUCUCAAUAUCUGGGUUCAGGCUUCUACGCGUGGUUUUGAAUGGCGCAAAUUGUUGGCGCCAUAUGCGGGGGAUGCUGCUCCACCCGAGCUCAACCAGGUAUUGGCUUCCAAAACUUCAGCGGAUAAUCUCAGGCAUACGCAUCCUCAUGAAAUAGUCAUAAAUGAAAGGGAGAGACACUUUCGCACACCGAAAUUUCAAGAUCGCUCACAGAAGCAUAUCGAUGCUAGCAUUUUUCACCCCAGGGACUGGCAAACGGCGAAGGAUCCAGAGCAUCGGGGGCUGAAAAAGGAUCCAACGCUGCGAGAAGGCCUUAAUUAUGGUCUUUGCGAUCUCUGCGCCGAAGGGAAAAUCUGUGAAUGUCAAAUAAAGGAGGCUCCCUUUGAAUUCGUGCAGUUGGUGGAAACGCCCAAGGUUGUGGGGGUACGUGCUCUUGCGCGAUUUGAGAAAGGAGAUAUCCUGGGUGAAUAUAUUGGCGAGCUCCAUCCACCUUGCUACAAAGGUGACCACAUAUAUGCGCUUACCAUGCAGGGUAAAGUCGACGUAGAUAAGGAAAUUGCUGUGAUUUGCCCGAUGGAAUAUGGGAAUUUCACUCGGUUUAUCAACCACUCCUGCAGGCCUAAUACAACUUUUGAACGGCGGACAAUUGGGAACCGGGCAACGAUGACCGUGGAGGUCGUGCGGGAUAUUCAACCUUUUGAAGAACUCACGAUUAACUAUGGCCGGGAAUAUUGGAAAGGUCGAACAUGUAUUUGUGGAGAGGAAGGGUGUUACACUCAGCAAGAGAAGAGGAAAAAACGGCAACAGGAACGGGAGAUGGAACGGCGAAAGCAAAGGGAUAUGCAACUUGAAGCAUCUAAGAAUGUUGCAGAGGAAGUGGACAAAGAUAAAGAAGAAUGUUUAGCCAAGGAGGUUAAUGAGGAAGAGGCAGCAGCAGCAGCAGCAGCAGCAGAAGAAACCAACGAAGAAGAAACCGACGAAGAAGAGACCGACGAAGAAGAGACCGACGAAGAAGAGACUGAAGAAGAAGAGACUGAAGAAGAAGAGACCAACGAAGAAGAGACUGAAGAAGAGACCGACGAAGAAGAGGUCGAAGAAAGGCCACCAAACAAGAAACCCGAAGAAGCAAAAGCGUCAUCAAGGAAAGGGUCAAAAGAAGAAUCAUCAUUGGAAGCAGAAGAAGGGCCAUCAGAGAGAAAGCAUAAAGAUAAGAUAGCAUCAUCGAAAGAUGGGACAGGAAAGGAUAGGGAAGAGGAAGAGAGAGCAGCACAAAGAAUACAUCAAGAUUGGGUUCCUAUUCUCGAAGACUACAAUGAUUACCCUAGUUGCAAUGACGAAGAAGAAGGAGGAGGAAAAGGGAAAGAAAAAGAGAAAGGAGAAGAAGAAUUGGAAGGAGAAGGAACAGAAGAACAACAAGAAACAUCGGAAGAAUCGUCAUCAAGAGGGUCAGAAGGAUCCUCUUACGUGUUCGUCGACGAGGAGGAGGAAGAAGAAGAAGAAAGAGAAGAAAAAGAAGGAAGAGGAUACUAA